AUGUUAAGAUGUCUCCGGCCGCAAGUGGAGCUUGAGCAGAAGUCCGGCCAGCUGUCGGAGCCCCACCCGCACCACGCCGCCGCAGCGCCGGGCCGCCAUGUCUUUGCCGAGUCGGGCCCAAUUAUCGCAACUGGCCACCCCUGCCUGCAGGGCAUACAGGUCAUCGACAACAAUCCAGACGUGGCCGCGCCCAUCACCCUGAAUGAGCGCGUCGUGGACAUGGAGACGGACGCCUUCAAGGGGAAGCUGCUGCUGUGCGUCAGGGGCUCGCCCAACACGGUCGCUGCGACGGGCCCGGGCGGGCCGCUGUCGUGCAGCCGCCGCAUGUUCCACAUCGCGGUGCAGGGCAGCUUCAAGCGGCCGGUGGCGGCGGAGCACCUGAUGUCGGGGCAGGAGUUCCCCAAGCCCCCCAAGAUAUCAGCAUCCUUCAUGCACUUUGUGUUCAGCGGUGCCGCCAAGGUGUUUGCCAGCAGCACGGACGUUUUCGUGCAGGAGGGGGAGCCGAUGCACUUCCGCUUUCCGGUGCUGGCCGCAGCGCAGCUGGUCAAUGUGUCGCGCAGGGGCGAGGAGCCCGGCCUGCUCGACGCCACGGAGGACAUGCGCCUGUGGUGUCCCGAGCUCGCAUCGUCGCGCACUGGCGGCCCCGCGGCUGCCGACAAGCGGCGGCGGUUUUUCGACACGCCGGCAAACCUGGCGGGGCGUGUGCUGGGGCCCGAGUACGUGUGGACGCUGCACCUGCACCAGAGCCUGAUUGACUUCAGCACGUACAAGCUGGGGCUGGCGGGGGUGCCGUUCUCCAUCGACCUGGUGUCCCUGCUGGACGUGCAGCCGCUGCAGAUCAUGGCCAAGGACCACCAGACCGGGGAGUACAUAUUCAACGUGCUGAUGUGGAAUGAGCGCCUGCUGUACACAGACAGCCCCUCACAGGGCGAGGAGCAGGCCAAGGGGGUGUCUGGCCGCCUGAAGGACAGGUUCAAGGGCCUGCUCUCAGGCUGGUAG